AUGAGGCAAUUGGUUGAAAUAUGGAAUGUGAAACACAACGAGGAAGCAAAGAACACAUUCACAGAUCUUACUGAAAAGUACCAAGAAAAUAUCAAGGAUUAUCGGAUAUUAGCACGCCGUAUGACUCUACGAGCUUCCACUGAAUUCCUACAUACAGUCACAGAUGGUGCUAAGAGGUUCAGAGUGUGCCUUCAAACUAGGACGUGUAGUUGUGGAAGAUUUCAACUGGAUGAGAUACCUUGUACGCAUGCUAUGGCUGUUAUAGUGCAUAGGCACCAACAUGAAGAGGAUUAUACUUCGACGUACUACAACAAUAAGAAUUUUCGGGAUGCAUAUGCAAUUCCAAUUGAGCCUUUCCCAUGCGAAAGUACGUGA